AUGAAGUUUCUAUUUCAUUUGGUCGUUGACGCCGCCUUCUUGACCGAGGUUUCUGCAAACGGCAUUAUGCCCCGUCAGACACAAGCCCCAGCAAUUAAUCCAAGAGCUGAAGAAUAUGUAUACGGUCUACAGCCUCCUGGUCGUGCUCAGAUUCCCCUCAACCCACCUCCGCCAGACAGAGUCAAAGGUUCAAUCGGGAUCUGGACAGAGUAUUUGACAGAGGCUGAAGGCUCCACCAGUUGGAUUGGCCCUGAUCCAUCAUACAUCUCAGUUGAAACAACCACAACCAAGAAUGCUGAAGGGGCUGACGUGACGGGAACUGUCAAUAAGGCUGUUGACGUUGUCAAGCACGCCAACGGUGGUCUGGAUAUGAUCCUGAGUCCAGCUUUCAGAGAGAAGGUUGAAGCGAUUCUCAAAGAGGUGCCGCCUUGCACAAAGGAGAAGCUCCGCAGACGUCAAGGUCCAAGUUGUGGCAUUGAACCUGCUGCACGUCGAGUGCUCGAAGACGAAGGCGUAGCUGAUGUAUUUUCUGAGCAAGUUCACAAGGAGCUCUCGGAAGAGGCUGGGCUAGACACGGACGCAUACUCUGAAUAUGGAACCGAUGAAGACGGUUUCGUUGAAGGUGCAGAAGGACCUCCAGGAUCCGAAGCAGGUGAAACAGUUGAGACGGUUGUUUUGGGUUCGGAAGCCGAAGCAGCUCCUAUUGCAGCUGUAGUCGGAGAGGUUGAUGGUGCCAUCGUAGUCGGUGGCAUCACUCUUACUGAUGCGACGUUUCUGGGUAUCCUGUUGAAGGUCGCUGAUACUACAGGCAAAAUUGAGCCUGUCUAUCAUAUCCCCCCUGAGGACAUCCAAACUGUGUCAAAGGCCAAAACAGAGUCACCCACGCAAGCGACAACAUUGACUACCACGACACCAACCAACUCUUGUCCGACUGGGCUGGUGACCUAUUGCGAGGACGAUUGCAUGGCCACCAAAAUUGCAAACGCUAAACCAACCAAUAUUGUUCAAUGGGCCUGUUCAGAGGGCAAGACCAAGGACUGCAGAUGUAACCCAAAGAGCAAAGAGCACACUCAUACGUUCGACCAGGAGAUCGAGAGCCAGAUCCGGGCUGUCUUGAAAAAACUAGACGGGCCGGACGAAUCAGAGGAGCCCCAGAUCGUAUGCCCCAACAAAUUCUCUCAAGUUCCAAGCGAAUUCUUUGGUGAAUUAGCAGAUAGCUUCUGCGGCGACAUCAAGGACAACUUUGACAACGAGAAUAAGGAUGUUCCUUACAACAUUCACGGCGUCAAGGAUGAUGGGCCAAGUCGUCGAUCUUGGAAGCUCUUUCGAAAAGCUCCUCCAGAGAAGCCAGAUUACUAUGAUGAUUACACAGCGUUCAAGAAGUUGGUACAGAGUCAACCUUGUGGGAAGAACCACGGUUCAGCAAAUAACAGAAUGACAAUUGAUGCGAAAAUCGACGUAGGAUGCGGCGAGUUCAAGUGGAAGGUUCAGGCACCUUCGGAGACCAAACUCGAACCAGAACUCCCCACGCUCGGCGGCCAGGAAUGUCACGACAGGCAUAAGCAUAGAGACAUACGAGACAACGCCCAAGACUCAUGGGCAUCCGGCGGAUGCGGGUGGAUGGCCAAAGGUAAGAAGAUCAAGGUUGGUUACAAGGAAGUCUACUGGGGGCCGCCCGGUCUGACUGGACAUUCGCACAUGAACUAUAAGAUCUUGUGGAAAGAGGGCUGCAAGGGACUCGAGGAGCAGUCGCUGGAGAAGCCUGUUGAUGGCGAGACCUGCUAUAGUCUUAUGCGUGCUAACUACAAGUCUUGCAAUAACGGCGGUGCAGGAGGAUAUAGAGACGCUGGCUGUCUUCGUUAUGAGUUCUAUGUUAAGAGCAGACCAAGCUCGACACCAACACUACAAGAACCAGUGCAGACAGCAAGGUAG